UACAGACUACACAUACUCCGUUAACCAAUGUGAUAGAUUCACAUCAGCUUUUCCGGUUUUACUAGAUUCGAUUUACCUUUUUUGUAACGUAAUUAAAAGAAACAACAAUGUAACGUCAUCAUUUACUAGGAAGACGUGAGAACUAGAACACUAGAACUAGAAGGAAAGAGUUGCUCUGUUUUAUUGCUUUCUAUCUCACUCUCUGCCCUAAACCAUCAACUGAGAUUAGUGUGAACUAUUCAACAAUGGCAGAUCCACCACGUUUUUCUCUGUUUCACCAAAAGUUUCUUACCGGAGAUAAACCACUUCUCACUCUUCAUGCUGAGUUCUUAAUGAACCACAUGAAAGUGUCACUAAUAUCGGACGCGUCGGACAAGGUUUGGAAAGUGAAACUGGACGGCGGCAGGCUCGCCGACGGCUGGGAAGAGUUCACCGGCGAACAUAAAUUCAGAGACGGUGACGUUUUGGUUUUCAAACAUCAAGGAGAUGAUGUCUUUCAUGUAUCUGUGGCCUCCGGAUCUGUUUCCGGUGACAUACAUCACGCGUCGUCUAGCCACGUUGAUACUGAGGAUACUUGCAUUGCUGAUGACUAUGUUGAUGAUGAUGAUGAUGAUGAUGAUGAUGACGAAACUAAUGAUGAUGAUGAUGAUGAUGGGGAAAGCAAAGAUGCUGCUGAUAUUGAUGAUGAUGGGGACGGGAAUAGAGCAAGUGAGUUGUUUAAUGAAACUACAGAAUGUAUAUAUCUCUGUUUAAUUUUUGGGUCUAAUUGGUUUGGUGACUAUGUAAGUGAAGACUGUUUUGAUUCAGGGAACAAGAAAUCAGAAGAUUCUUCAUCACGCCACUCUUGUUUCAUCACAGGAUGUGUUACUCGCUAUAGCCUCAACAAGGAUCGUUUGGAUCUUUCUAGAAAAUAUACGGUGUUGUUUGGUGAGCACCAAAAAGCGUGUGAGAUCGAUGUAAUGAAUGAGCAAGGGAGAAUAUGGACAAUGAAACUUGCAAAAAACAUCUCAAGUGGUGUGUUUUACAUCAGAGCAGGCUGGGAACACUUCUGCUUUACUAAUGAUCUAAAACAAGGAGAUUUAUGUAAGUUUAAACUUUUCCAAAAUGGGAAAAAGCCUGUGCUUUGGUUGUGCCCACAGGAACCUGGCAAUGACCAUAAAGAGAAGAGAACGUUGGAUGAAGUUUCAAAGGCAAAGGAGAAGAAGGCUCCUUCACCAACUGUGAUAGUAAAGUAUACACCAAGCCGUGACAGUACCGGGCAGCUAUCACUUCCAGUGAGUUUCACGAGGGAGUAUGGCAUUAAGAAGGCAGGGGACGUAAUUCUGCUGAACCAAGAUGGAAGGAAGUGGUCGUCUUAUCUACAGAUAACAGGACUUGGACGAGGCGGAAGUGAAUGGUUUUAUUUGAGAAAAGGUUGGAGAGAGAUGUGCGAAGCGAAUGGAGUGAAGGUCAAUGAUUCCUUCAAGCUGGAACUGAUGUGGAAUGGUGAAACUCCUAUGUUUAAGUUCUGCUCUAAGAUUGACAACCAUGAAUACAAGGGAAAAGGAAACCAAAAAACUUGUAAGAAGAGAGCUUGUGAGACUGCUCCUCAACCAAGGAAUGUGAAAAAGACUCCAAGAGUAGGAGUAGAGGGACAGGUUAAUAAGAGAAUAAGUAGCGGACCAUUGCAACCACAAUCUUUCUCAGUCUCUGAUCAGGUGGCUAGUGUGAAGCAGGGAAUUGUAGAUACUCUGAACACUGUGAGACAGUGUCGGACCGAGCUUGAGACAAGUGAACAGAAUCUGCAAGCCUCUUUGCUAGCAAUAGACGCCUUAGGGGAGAGGAUAUGGGGAAUCAGCAAAAUCCUCAGCAAUAAUCUGAUUUGAAGUGAGACUGAAGAUGGGGGAAAAAGGAACAAGAGUAUUUUGCAAGCACUUUUUGUGUCUUGAAUCAUUCAAAGGUGGAGUCAAGUAGUUUUCAUUAGAUUCUUCUCCUUCCUCCACCAAACUAACGUAUGUUUAUUAUAUAUUUGAGAUUUGCAAGUUCCGGAGACUGUCCACUUGAAAAGUUUGUAGUAUGGAAGAGUUUGUAACUUGCCUCUUCCGUUGCAUCAGCAAUCUGGACUAUUUCAUUAUAUCUCUGAGAAUUUUUGUUGUAUUACAAAUUAAUCACCAUUGGUUUUUCGCAUA